CCUCACUAGAUAGGUCGUUACCACGAUCAGCGUGACGAAUAAGUAAUGGCGAUUGGUAGGCGUAUUGUGUAAAAACGUAUUUUUAAAUUCUCUUUUUUUACACUAUUUUCGGCAGGUUCAUAUAUUUUACUGGGUUAAAUUCGUACAUUACAAAUCUAUUGAAGUUCUGUGUGUGAAAUCAGCAUAUAAUAUGCAGUCCUUAUCGGAAAAACCUACACUAAAGACUGUUGUAAAGGCGGAAGUUGCUGGACAAGAGACACUUAGUAACACUGGCAAAAAUGACAAAUCACAAAUGAAGAUGAAAACAGACUUAAAACUUCACACAGCCCCAGACUUUGAUCCUGGUUACAAUUCUCUUGAUAGUGACGGUGGAUCACCAAUAUCAUCGAGCAAGAAGCCAUAUAUGAAGAUGUCGAAAGAAGAUAAGGUCAAAGAAUGCGCAAAGAGUCCAAAGUCAGAACAAUCUAUUGAACAAAAUCUUGUUGAUAAAAUUCGGCGGAGAGCUGCAUCGAUCGGGGAUGAUCCAUCAACACCAACAAGCUUUCUCCAGCUUCAUCUGGAAACGGUCAGCAACCAGAGAAAUAGUAGUAUUGAAAAUAGUGGCAUAAAGGGAGAAACAAACAAAACCAGUGCUCAGAUUUCUAAGGAUUUAAAGUUGGAUGAGAACAAGGUAAAAGAGAAAAAGAGCAACACCAAUGAUGAGGAGGUGAAUGCACUGGCUGAUAAACUUAACAAAACCGUGACCCUAAUUCCCAAAGGACUUCAUGAGAAAAGAGGUCAUGAUAGAAUACCUGUUAUUCACCGUCAAAAUAACUUAUACGCUCCACUGAACCAGAUUCCUCCUAUUCUGCCCGUUACUAGUGAUGGUGGGGAACCAAAGAAAAGAUGUGUAUAUAUUCCUGGCGGCAAUGUUGUUCCUGUUGGGUCAAACUUAAAACCACCAUCGUCACAAAGAGGAAUGGUUCAGAAUGUUUAUCAAGAUCCAAGAUUUGCACCACAAAUGACAGCUAACCAAUGGAACCAGAGCAUUGACAUGAUGUUUCAGCAGGCGCAAGUACCAGGUCUAACCUCAAUUCCAAAUACCCAGCCUAGAAGACCAUUUGAGAUCUCAUCCUGGCCCCAUCAUGAUGACUUUCCUGCUACCAGCAUUCCAAGUCAGUUCCAGUCUGCUAACCAGUUUUCUCAGGAGGCACCGGUCAUCUCAGUGCAGACAGCCUCAAACACAGGAAUUGUGCACAUAAAGGAGGAGCCACCAAGCCCCCUAGCUGCUCAACACACUCAACCUAGUACUUGCCAAGUGUAUGUAGAUCACAGGAGCCCUGAAGAAGCUAUCAAAGAUAUAGUAGAAUACUUGAAAAAACCAGCUGGAUCACCUUCUCCACAUUCAGUUCCUUCUCCACAGGCAUCAAUAAGUAGUCCCUACAGCCAACCAACUGAGCAGUAUUUUGUUGAUCCUCUGACUCCACCACCGUCGGUCGGGUCAUCAUAUAGCCCAAAUUCACCAGUGUCUGUGAUGUCAGAAGAGAUGCCAGUGUCUCCUCCCCAGGUAUCAAGCCCAACACAGGUACCAAGCCCACAACAAAUGGAGCCAGUCAGAGAUGAUUACACGAUGGGAAUCAUGGAAUGCGAACAGGAGGUUAAUAGAUUGAGCAUCCAGUGCCUAAUGGAACAAGAUGCCGAGGACAAAGACACUUGCCUUCAUGUAGUUGUGACACAAGGAAGAUACAACCUAGCUAUUGCAAUUGCUAAAAAACUUUCUCAAGUACCUGGAGCUCUCAAUAUUCAAAAUAAUCUUGGACAGACACCCGUUUUCCUUGCCACAGUCGUGAACAUGCCUUACUUAGUCAUCGAGCUGAUUAGUUUGGGCGCUGAUCCUUCGAUUAAAGACCGUUCUGGGUGUACGCCGAUGCACUAUGCCGCAAUGAAGGGGUUCACAACCAUUGUCAGAGCAAUCCACAUUGGACUGCAAAAUAGCAACAGACUGCAAGAUUUUGAUGUUGAUUCCAAAGAUUAUGAUGGAAAAACACCUCUUCAUUAUGCCAUUGAGCAUCACCAAAAAUUUGAGACUGUGUUCACAGCUGAGUCACAGUGUGCAACUCAGAUUUAUGUGGAGAACAAGGAUCUUGUUGCUAUGCUUCUCUUUAUGCAUGCAUCGACAACAGGUCAGGAUGGAAAGAGUGGCAAAACCCCACUUCACUAUGCAGUGGAACAUCAGAAGAUUGACCUUAUUGACAUCAUCUUAGAAAGUGACCAGUCGUGCGUGAACAAGCAGACAUUCGCCGGGUGUACACCUCUUCAUUUGGCUGUUGGUCUGAAGGCGGAGGAGCCUGUCAUUGAAGACAUCGUCCGUCGGUUGAUGAGGAAUGGUGCGGACGUGAGUAAGGAAAACUUUGAGAAGGAAAAGGCCAUCGGAAUCAAUCCGAAGUCACAUUUGUCUGUGAGAAACCUUCUGUCUGGGCGGAGUUAAAGCAUAAAACGCCAACAGCCGAACUCAAAUAAUGCUGUUCAGAUGUUAAUGCUGUUCAGAUGUUGUUUUUUUUUUUUAAUUUUACAACUUGUGUAAUAUAUAAUUGAUGGUUGUUGCAAAAUAUUGCAACAUCACUUUUCCAUUUAAAUCUACAAUUAUUGUAGAAAAUGUUGUGUAACUAUUGGACAUCUUUAUUAAUUUUUGAACUGCACUACUUUUUAGCAAAUUAUAAUAAAUAAUGAUUUGGCAUUAAUAAGAGGCUUUUUUUUUUUUUUAAAUCAGAGCGUAUGUUAAGGAUAAUUUGACUUGACAAUGUUAUUGAUACUAAUUUAUUAGCAAAGAAUAGUUUGAUAUUUUGCAAGAUGAGAAAAAUGAUUCAUUAUGAGCCUACCUACAGUAUAUAAAAAUUACAUUACUAUCCAAUACUGAAAUGUUUAUAUUCCUUAUUUGCUUAACAACAUAUGGGCAAAUCACACAAAUAUAUAAUAUUAAUAUUUUAAUGAUAUUCUUAAUAUUAUAUUAAUAUUAAUUUACAGUUAGGUAAAAAUCCCAUCAAAGCAUCUCAGAUUUGAUGUGAACUUUAUUGUCAUAAUCAGAACAAUGCAACAUGAAAUUUGGUUCCUUAAUAUGCUGAGACUGGAUUGGUAUAAUUAUUCUUAAUGCCCUAAAAGGAGCAAAGUGAGGGGGGGGGGGGUCAUGGCACAAGUAGCAUGUGGACUGUUGGUUCUUCAGGUGAUCACAAAAAUCUAAUAAUUUUAUAAUUUCAUUUAAUUGUUUUAUAAUUUUUUUAUCUUUGCAUAUCAUUUUUUAGGUUUUUCUCAUAUAUACAUUUAUUAUCAUGUGAUUGAUAAUAAUUCAAUAUUAAGCAGUAACUUAAGAAUAUGUUUUUUAGUCGUAAAAUGUUGGUAGAGUCCACAGGAUUUAGAAUGAGGAAAAACUGUCUAUCACCCACUAAAAUUUUACCAACAAAUAGCCAAGUAAGAUAACUUAAUUAAAACUUAUUUUAAGAACUCUGAAAAUAUUAGUUUAUCAACCACACCCAUGUUAUGUGGAGACUAUACUCUCAUAUGGGGCUGAGGUAGGUGUUGAUUCAAACCAUGAAAAAAAAUACUGGAUCUGCCCCUAACAUAAAGCCGUAGCUGAUAAACUAAGGUCAGAAAAGUAAUGGGACGGUCAGGGCUUCAAACAGAGGGAAAGUUCCUUGUGUCCCAUCAUAACCCUCAACUUUCACACCCAAUACUUCAACAUAAUACCCCACCCCAUACCAUGGGUCAACAACCUAUUUAAAACUUGUGUAUUUCCUGAUAUUCGACAUUCCCUCUCAGAUCUGUGAGUGUUUCUAUCAGGUUACCAUAAUGAUGUGUAUGAUAAUGAAAACCAGCUUUAAGAUGCUGUAUUAAAUAAGAGAUGACAUUGUAAAUAGGAUUUAUAAAUGCAUUCCCUAGCAUUAGAAAACUUUACAUUUACGUAAUUUUAAAGAAAAUUUAGAUAAGAUGCAGUGAAACAAGCUUUGCUGACUUUACUAGUUCAGAUAAUUAUUUGCAGCUGUAUAUAGCUUUGAAUUUCGAUCCUAUUGUUAAGACAAUUCUGUCCCAUACAAUUUAAUUUAAUUUAAUAUUUAUUUUUGAUAAUGAAAGAAAUUCCAUUGAGGUUAAUUAUCAUUCUGUGUUCUAUGUUAAGAACUAUGUUAAUGCGUAGAUUUGGACAAGAAUAAUAACGUCAUUAUAUUUUUACGUGAACACAUUAUAAUUGCGUGGGAAGCCUCUCUCAUAAUAAUGAUUCUACGAUUACUUUAUUAGAAACAUUAGACACCUGAAGAGUAAUUGGUGUGGUAAGAUAAGUGUGUAGCGAAAUGUACUCCAAAAACAAAAAAAAAGUUGAAAAUUUAAUAAGUUUGAUAAAAUGCUGUUAAGACGGAUUUUAAACAUCAAAUGUACUUACUGUAGUAAUACUUUUAUAUUUAAAACAUCGAUAGACAGUGGACAAAGAAGAUGAUCAAAGGUCUAUUUUUUAAUUCUGUCUAUCAAAUUUUACUUGUGAUAUACAUAUAUGGAUAUGGUUUGACAUCAUCAAGCCCAUAUAUGGUAAAAUAGUUGAUAACUUCCACUGACAUCUUGAUAAUUUCCAAGAGCUAGGCUAGAUGUCGAAGGUUAAAAAAAAAAUUGAACUUCGCUAAUGUUAAAGUGUGUUGACCUUUGUUUUGUAAUAUAUAUUUUCAUUUACAAUAAUUUAUUGGAAAAUCAUGAUUAAAAUUUUAUAAUAUUUGUGAAAAAUAGUUUUAAUUAUUGCACUAGCAUCCAUGCUGUUUCCGUCAUGGAGUGUAAUGUGGGUGCUGUAUCUCCUGUUAGGUUUUAGUGUCAAAACUCUACCGUACUUACGACUAUCUGCACGCAAACUUUCGGAAUUAUGUGAAAUUAUGUGAUAAUUUCCAAGAGCUAGGCUAGAUGUCGAAGGUUAAAAAAAAAAUUGAACUUCGCUAAUGUUAAAGUGUGUUGACCUUUGUUUUGUAAUAUAUAUUUUCAUUUACAAUAAUUUAUUGGAAAAUCAUGAUUAAAAUUUUAUAAUAUUUGUGAAAAAUAGUUUUAAUUAUUGCACUAGCAUCCAUGCUGUUUCCGUCAUGGAGUGUAAUGUGGGUGCUGUAUCUCCUAUUAGGUUUUAGUGUCAAAACUCUACCGUACUUGCGACUAUCUGCACGCAAACUUUCGGAAUUAUGUGAAAAUUCUAACCACCACUGUUUAUGGGAUCACCAUCUCCUCACCGGUGGAGAAGUCCCUAUCCUUUAACAAUGCACCUUAACUCCAUUAUAUAGGGAACAUUCCAUUAAGGGACCAUGUUUGUGUGUGAUCAGUAAUAUAGUGUUUCCACUGUUAGUACCGGUAUGUGUAGGUAAUGUGUUUUACUACUCUUGUGAAGUGCGUGGAUAAUACCAACAUGACGUUUAGUUAUGCUGAGUUGUUUAGCAACUUGUACAAAAUAAAACAAUGACUUUCAAAAGAUAAAAUACAGUUGUUUAUACAGGUAAUAUCUGUAUGUGUAAAAUAUGUUGAAAACACUAGUCCUUGCUAGUAGAUGUGUAGUAAUAUGUAGUAUGUACAGUUAAUUAUAAUAUUGCAUUUUCUGAUAAAAUGAAACCCCAUAAUAAAUGAGAUAGAUUUCUUAUCUUUUAAGGAUAGUUCUAAAUUGUUGUCAGUAAUAAUAUAACUGGUCUGUACAGUAAAUAUGUCUUUUUAGCAUGAUUUCAUUUUGUCGGACUAGCAUGUGCAUACUGUACCAUUCUUCACUCCACUGGUGCAUACUGCAGGUUACUUUUCCACUUUUGUUACCAAGAAUUUAAUGGCAGCUUUCGUCUCUAAUUAGAAUGAUUAUUGCAAAGAUAUACAGAUAGUUCUUCGUCCUAGGACACAGAAAAGUGUGGUAACUGAAGAGGUCUCCAUUUUCCUCGUGGAACAGCAUAUAAGACUUGCUUCCAAUUGCAUAAUUUUAUUGAUUAGACUCAUAACCACUUAAUUAUAUUUUUGGGAAAUGACCUUUAUUCCAUUUACACAAAACAAAAUCACCAAAACUCAAACUUAAAAUUUAGAAGGGAAAUGAAUUAAACUGUAAUAUGCUUUUCGAAUUAAAUACCAAAGCUGCUAAAUACCAGGUACAAAACGUGGUCUUUAAUUGGAGAGACACCUGUACAAAAUAACAAAUGGUCUCCUGAAAAAUUUGUUCUCUGGCCCUUGGAAAAUUUCUUCUUACUCCUAAUCUGUCAUCCAAUGGUUUCUAUAUUUUAUCACCUAGUUUAGUACUAUAUUUAUCUACCUACAUUGAUCUACCUUAGGAUAAAUGUAUUAAUAUUGUUAUUUAUUACAGUAUUUAUUUAAAACAUUUCAUCGCUCAUUUAAAGGAGGUCAUGCAUUGUUGGAAGGUUUAAAUAAAUGCUUGCGGUACACUA